UACGGUAAUGCUCCGCCCACACUUUUCACCUGCUGAACCUUAAGUCAAAGUUUACCUCCGGUAUGCUAUCUGUGCCUCUCAGCUAGGAAAAACAGCCGAUAUUUAUUUCAGAUAAAUUUAUACUGUAGGUGGUUUUACACGUUAGACCACAGUGUAACACAGUUAUAAUAUUAAAAAUGAUUCCGAAUAAAAUGUGUAGCUACACCACGAAAUUUAACAAGAAAAUAACACGGAAAGAGACACAAAACUAACAUAGCUGACAUGUAAACCAUACUGUAUAAUGUUAUUCUGUUAUACUUUUAAGUAAAAAAAUUCGGGCGUUUACUGACAAUAACUAGGCUCUAGCACAUUGAAUGCGAUAACAAUAUAUAUAUAUAUAUUGGAUGUGAUAACAUACAUUCUUGUCAAUUGUUUUCUUACUCAUGAAAGUUUCAUCAGAUGGUAGUUUAUGUAUUUUACAUUGCCCCACAUACGUGCGCCGGCGUCUGUCCUUAAUCAAAAGUAAGAUCUAAUUGAGGAUUUGUCAGUGAAUGAGCCUUGUAGCGUUUUGAUGAAGAGACCGCCCCCUUUUUGUUUGCUUAUAUCCAUAUUAUGUCCGCCCCGUGUUUUACUUUAAGCGGGCAUGACGACCCAUAAGAAAGAUGCGGGUAAAGAUUCUGCUUUCAUUAGUUUUAGCUUUACUGUUUAAGACAAUUGCUGCCUAUUCAAAUGGAAAAAUAAGAAGUGCUUGCGAAAGCCUGAAACCAGAACAUGGCUAUAGCUCCAGUACAGACCCACCUCCAUACAAACUGACUGUGAACAGCAGUAAAUUCAGCCCUGGGGAUCAAAUUCAAGUAACCCUGUCAGGGGCAACAUUCUUUAAGGGAUUUCUUAUGGAAGCUCGGGAUUUUGGAAAUCCUGAAGGCGGCCCAGUAGGAAACUUCACUGUCAUGGAUUCAGCCAAGUCGCAGCUUUUGAAGUGUGGCCAGGGAUCAGCUGUGAGCCACACCAGUGCAGGCAAGAAGAUGGAAAUCCGGGUUCUUUGGAAUGCUCCGGAAAAUUCUCCGCCUGUCGUCAGUUUUCUAGUGACAGUCGUACAGCACUACAACGUUUACUGGGAGAGAAUUCCUGGUCCUGUCAUAUCGCAGAGCGGAGUGGUCCCUUCCCUGCCAAAUCCCACAGCAGUCACUGACAAAGGACAAGCAACACCGUCUCCUCUACCUCCCCAACCUUUCAGCUCUGAGGGGUGUGGAAAAACCAAAUCCUGCUUGCGGGAUCCUGCUGGUUGUGUCCCAGCUGGGGGGUCGCCCUGCUUCUUCCUCUCCUUCAGUGUGGAGGGGGAGGCAGUUCUGUUUGAGCUCAGCGGUCCUGCUGAUGGCUACCUGUCUUUCGCAUUGUCGAUGGACAAAUGGAUGGGGAAUGACGACGUGUACAUGUGUGUGAGAGACGGUAAGCGUGUGGACGUCAGCGCUGCGUACCUCAGAGGCCGGACGCACCCCGAGAACAUUAUACAGGGUGCCUUGAGGGACGUGGCUUGGAGUUGGUCUGAUGGGGUUAUGAAGUGCAGGUUCCGCAGAGGUAUCUACACCCCUCAGAGUCCCGGCAGGUUCCUCCUGAAUGAGAGUUACUACCUCUUCAUGGCUCACGGUCCCACGAACAACGGUAAGAUUCAUAGACAUGACUGCCAGCCCCUUAUUUCAACCAAUCAGAAAGUAAUUUCUGGAGUGCCUGAGGAUUUAACUGGCUCACGCUCACCAGAGAUAAUGAAGUUUCAUGGAUCGCUUAUGCUUAUUGCCUGGAUGACAUCUGUCAGUGCUGGAGUUAUUAUAGCACGCUAUUUUAGAGAUGAGUGGCCUGACAGUGCACUGUUUGGACAGACUGUUUGGUUUCAGGUGCACAGGGCCUUGAUGAUUUUCACAGUGUCACUCACCUUUUUAGGAUUCAUCCUGCCCUUCGUCUAUAGAGGAGGCUGGAGUCGACGUGCAGGAGCUCACCCUUACCUGGGCUGUGUUCUCAUGACUCUGGCCCUCCUCCAGCCCAUCAUGGCAAUCUGUAGACCACCUCCUGACUCCGAAAGACGGUGGAUGUUUAACUGGCUGCAUCUGAGUGUCGGCACUGUUGCAGAAGUAAUUGCAGUCCUCACCAUGUUCCUGGGGAUCCAUCAGCAAGCUCUGCGUCUCCCUGAGCCCGGAUCCACGACUGUGCUUGCAGGGUCGAUUGUCUGGGGAGUCGCUGCACGCCUGCUGCUGGAGUUUCACAGCAGAGGCCUUCUCAAAAUAGGGACGAGUAACUCUACAGAUCAAGAGGCAAUCCUGUCCGGUCAGCCUGGUCAGUCCGUGAGGGACGAUAAGGGAAGUCAAUUUAGAAAAGUUGUUCUCACAGUCUUCCUAUGUGGAAACAUUGGAUUCCUGAGUGUACUCUUAUAUACCAUAAAUAACAUGUGACAGAAACCCUUAGCUGGGUGUUUUAAAUGCAGAUCUUCCUGAAAUGUGAAUUCCCAGGCUGCCCUACUGUCACAACAGGAACUCAGAGAGCUAAGUAAAAAAAAAUACAUUUAUUAGCUUUAACAAUCAGGAUACCCCAUCCCCCAAAGUGGCCCACCCAUCCAAAAUCCCAGCUUUUCUGCCCACUGGACGGCACAUUGCAGAAAUGUGUAACAAAUUGGGAAUUGGGAGGCUGCUGACUGGAUGGGUGGCUUCAGGAUGGGAUGCACAAGAAGGCAGCCUCAAGGGCUGAGACUUUGAAAACCAGACACAGGAACCAGUACACAUGAAACAGGAAAACACAAAAACGGACAAACCACAACGAACCUACAAGCAAGCUUCUAGUUGCCUAGCAGACCAGCUACAGAACUACAGCUCAUCAAGACCCAGGAACAAGAUGAUGGCUAAUCAGGACUAGAAACUUGACAAGACCCUCCACCCCUCACUACAAAGCCAGUAACCAUGUCAGCACCCUUGAUCCUAACCCAAGAGUAAAACACAAAACAAGCUAAAUGCAGCCCUACAAACUAGAUUCUGAGUCGAAAGAAGAGCUAAACCCUACACUCAAAAAGCGGUGAUGCUGAUUGAUUAACAAGCAAUUCUCUGUUCAAAUCUGCUGUCUGCAUAAGAUUUGGAGCUAAAUCCCACUGGCACAGAGCAAGGUAUGACAUUUCCAUGUCAUGCCAUGCUUUUGGUAUGACCACGUCAAGGUUCAGGUCAAUUCCAGGUGCUGGCUUACAGGUCCAUCAAUGGAAAGGCAUCCAUCUCCUCAAGAUCUAUGUCCCAUCUUGCCCCCUUUGGUCAGCAAACCAACACUGCUUGGAGCUCCCUCCACCACGAGAGAAGUGUCACUCCAGAUGGUUCUCUUGUGUGGUUCUCUGGUGGUGGAAUGAGCUGCCAAACCACGUCCGGUCAUCAGACUCCAUUUCUACCAUCAAGAAACACCUCAAGGCCAGAUGCCUUGAUGUUCCCCUCAAUGUUCUUAUGUUACACUUCUGGUGCUUGAACCAGAUUCUUUCUUUUUUAAAAGUUGUCAUAUAGCUCCUGCUCCAAUACUGCUUACUCUUGUACCUGGGCAUUCAUUGUGAGCUCAGCCUAGCUGACCUUAUGCCCAGGUGACUCCUUGACAAGCCGAUAUGUUUGCAAUGUGCUAUUUACCUCACUUGUAUGUCACUUUGGCCAAAACCGUCUGUUAAAUAUGUAAAAUGUAAAAGACAAACUGGUAAAACAACUAGGGAUUUGUAUUUUGCCUUAUGCUACCAGUGUUUAUAAUAUACUAAUCACUGGUACACGUGCAAAGUCUAAAAGGCAGUUAUACUGUCAAUCUUACCAGAAAAAUGAUUCUCACUGUGUAAGUCUGUAACAGAUAUACUUCAGACCUGAAGUAUGUAAGUAUUAGAUAAUAGUAAGAUUGUACAUGCCAGAGGUGAGAAUUAAGAAAUAUAUAGUUUUGUCUGACUACUGUCUAGGGUGAUUCAGUAUUUUUACACAGAUUAGCUCCAGCGCACAAUUUAUUAUUAUUUUUUUAACUUCUGCAAUUUUUACACUUUCCUAUAUUGCUUUAAUAAAAUAAAGUACCUAUACUUUAUUAAACCUGUGUUGUUUCCUAGUGUAAGUCAAGGCAUGUUUUUGAACUGAUGUGGAGACAUUUGCAAAGUACUAUGGAUUAUUGUGCAAAGUGCUUUAUUGUAAAUCUUGAAAUAUUUUGGGAAACAAUAAGCAAAUAAAUAAAUACAUGAAGAGAGCAGCCUCUGGCAUCUCUGCAUCCUC